CGGAGUCCAACGCUGCAUCCCCGAUGUGGCCUGUCGUUAUGAAGUGAACAAUCCACGAGGGUGUCCUGAAUCGCUGUACAGCUCACUGACCGCUCUCCGUAAAGAUUCCAGAACGCUGGCCAAGGAGUCUAACGUGGUCGCAGCUGCCAUGUGUGAGGCUGGAGGGCUUAGAAAAAGGACGGCUUCCCCUCACUGUGUCGCGAGCUCAGCUUGUCAUUCCUGUCCUCUCAACACCUGUUCCUGUCUACCGGUGCAUCUGAUAGCGCUUCCCAUUCUCCGACGCCUUCCGAACCGCAUACCUGCGUCACUGAAACCUUAUCGUCUUAUAAGCCACUACUAAUCGCUCGUCUUGCUUCUUUCAAGUCCUACUACUUCUUCGCGCCCAGCUGCGUUCCACUCACAACAGUGCCCACAAACCUCAACACUACACACAUCUUCGCAAUGGCAGCCUCAAAACCCAGCGUUCGCAUCAUCAGUGCCCUCGCCGGCCCUCGCCUUUUGGGUCCUCGUCUCACAGUUCGCCAGCUGUCAAUGACAGGUUCGACUUCGUCGUCAUCCCUCCUCACAACCGACAAGCCGUAUGCUUCAAAUCGCCCAGCUGGGCCUAUCCGCCUUCACGGCGAGCAAACCAUCCCAGUUCCCGAAGCCACCGAGACCGGCAACAAAGUCCGACGCUUCAACACAUCGAGGAGUUUGAAGUCCGUCGGCGAUUCCAGCACACUGGACUUUAUGCACUUCCCGGACUUCAACCCGGAGACCCGAAGUGCGCCCUUGGGAAUUAGAGUCCCCAUCUUACCAUGGGCCAAUGUUGCUAGCCGGAGUGCUGAGAGCGAGGAUUCCAUCCCCAUGCAACCCACCAUCUACACCGUCUCUGCUGACGGCACCCACAUCCACUCCCCCUCCGCAAUGUCUGAGAUGACCGACUCAAACCAGUCCGCCUACCAGGGUAUGGCUGAGGCUGUUGCCAGUAAAUUCACCGCGACCCGCCAGGAGGGAGAAGGAAUGGUGAAGCAGAUCUGGAAUGAUCUCAUGGAGGAUCUCGCUGAUCUUGCGAAUGGCUCAAAGCGUGGGCCCAAUAAGGUCUAGGCGUGGUGUAAAUAUCUUGCAACGGAUCCUGUUGGCGAACGGCCGUCUUGACAUGGGUAACAUGGGUUCCGGAUUGCACCGGACUUCCGAUGGCUAUCGUGUGGGUCUAGGCAUGGGUACUAGGGGGAUGAUUUUCGAUUUCUUGGGACUGAAAUGGAAGGGUCUAGCGCGAAGUGCUCGGGCUUAUGAGAUCACGAAAUACAUUUUAAUUGCUCUUUGGCUAGUCUUGCCUUCUCUUCCGCUGCAGUUGUUGAACAGUAUCUGGAAAGCGUUGUAAACCAAGGAGCCCAGAACCGAUCAGUGAUAGUAAGAGUUUACUAACCAUAAUCUUUGAG